GUGUUUGGCACACUGUAAGAGUCUGAGAUUGGCUCCAUGUUGAUGAGAUGUGCUUUGAUUCUUUCUCCUCAGUCUUGAACCCUGCCAACCCGGGCCUACCCUCAAGCCUGUCUUCGACCCAAGGGGAGGUCUUCGAGAGGUCACGCAGACAUCGCAGAAGUACCUCUCCUUCGUUUCAAGUACUCGCCACUCUUCGUCCGACUGAUGCCAAGAUUGUCUUCAUCUUCCUCUUUCUGUCCCGUCCGCUGGUUCUGACGGUACAUUCGCCCGCCUCUUUUGCUCACACAAGUCAUCUUGUCAUCAGUCGUUCUAUGCCCCUCCCAAGUAUUCGUACAUGGCUGUACUCUUGGGAGUCCAGCCAAGACUAUCUGAAAGGGGUACACUGCCAGAUAUCUCUGUGACAGAUGAUCACUACAGCUCGUGAAUUUUAAUUCGUCUCCUCAUUCUCCGUUACUCAAGCUUGCGUGCGUCUUUGAGUGAGUUAAAUGCGACAUCCUAUCGCACGGGGUUGUGAACCUACCAGGGCUUCUCAUGUCAAGUCGCCACUUGGGGCUUUUGUUAGAAUACAGAAUCGAGUUGCGAACGUUCUGCCGAUCACCCAAGUGACUAGAGUACCUCAGUAGCAAUAGCAAGGUAUCUCACGUCGCUGUGCCACAGUGAAAUGGUGAAUGGCAAUGCUAUCAGAACGCAACGCAUGAGGAACAGAGUAUCCAGCACACAAGACGCAAAGCUGCAGCAUUUCUUUUAGCCUGAGAUGUCCUUGUAUAGAACGACACAAUGCUCCUUCUACUGCCCCAGCUUCUCGUAGACGCUGUGGCCCAGGGUUGCACGCUGCCAAAGAAUUGUACUCUUAGCAACGGC